AUAGCUAUUUGAGCGGUCAUCACCCGGCAACACUGGAGACCACCGACCUAAGAUUAAAUUUUAAAUAUCGGGAAAGAAACGUGAGAAUAAAUAUAUUUCCCCUUUAUUUCACACACCAAUCCAAUGUGCGGCCGCACAUGUCUAACCCUAGAUCCGGAUCAGGUGAUUUGCGCCUGUAAAUAUCCAAAACAGACAGUGAAAAAGGAGCCGGAAGGUGAAGAGCAGAUCAAGGUCAAGGAUGAGGAAAUCUCGAGCAUGGCGACACCAGAGUGGAGGGCGGAAUUCAACCUGGGAAGGCGCUACCAGGCCUCGUACAACAUCGCUCCCACCGACAUCACACCCGUGAUCGUGUCCGCAGCGCAUUUCUCCGACGCCCCGGAACAAAAGUGCGCCCGCGUCGUGAUGCCGAUGAUGUGGGGCAUGAUCCCCUUUUGGCACAAGGGCGACUAUCGGCGGCACGGCCUCACCACCAACAACUGCCGACUGGAGCACCUGAUGGAUUCCAAAUUGUAUCGCGGUCCGUUUAAGCGCGGGCAGCGGUGCGUAGUGAUCUGUGAGGGCUUCUACGAGUGGCAGACGGCAGGUCCUGCCAAGAAGCCCUCAGAACGGGAAGCCUACUUGGUUUACGUGCCCCAGGACGGCAAUGCUAAGAUCUAUGACAAGAGCACCUGGUCGCCGGGCGACGUAAAGCUGCUGCGGAUGGCCGGACUCUUUGAUGUUUGGGAGGACGAGAGCGGCGACAAGAUGUACAGCUACAGUAUUAUUACCUUUCAGUCAAGUAAGAUCAUGUCCUGGAUGCACUAUCGCAUGCCUGCGAUUCUGGAAACUGAGCAGCAGAUGAAUGACUGGCUGGACUUUAAGCGAGUGACUGACUCGGAGGCCUUGGCCACCUUGCGUCCAGCUACCUCUCUCAAGUGGCAUCGGGUGGCCAAGAUGGUGAACAACUCCCGAAACAAGAGCGAGGAGUGCAACAAGCCCAUCGAAUUGGCCGCCAAUCCUGCAAAGCCGGCAAUGAACAAGACCAUGAUGGCCUGGCUGAAUGUGCGCAAGAAGCGGGAGGAUCAGAUCAAGGCGGAGCAGAGCGACCCCAGCGGGGAUGAAGAGUAUGCGCCGGCCGAAAAGAAGAGUGUGUUAAAUAAGCGCAGGAUAUCCUCCGAUGGCUCAGAGUCCGUCGAUAGUCCUGCCAAGAGGCCCAGAUUUAGAGAUUUUAAGAGGGCGGCGGCACUUGCCCAGCAAAACAGCGGCGGCGGCAGCAGUGACAGUAAUGAGGUAAAAUCGGCCGAAGCAAUCGAAUCCCUAUAAAUAUUCAUAAGCUCCCAUAGUUUUGUAGUACAUUUAGUUUAUUUUCAUUAAAAAACCGAAAUAUUUGCUGUCAAUAUCGAAAA